CAAUUUUUAAACAAUUUCAAUUUUGUUCAAAAAUUAUUAUUUUAAAGUAAUUUGAAAUUUUGACAAGAUAACAUCUCAGAAUGAGAACCUUAUUUUGUCUUUUGGUCAUUUUUGUAGCUAUUGCAGUAAUUCACGCACAGUCAACCAACACAGCUGAAGAUCCUGCAGCAAAGGUGUUAAAAAGUAUCUUUGAUUUUUCCAAAUCUAUAGGAGAUGGCAUUUCCAGGUUUUAUGCCGAUCUUGCCAAUGUUGCAAAAUCAUCACAAAAAUAAUUGAAUUUAAAUUUAAAAGUUUAAAAAAUUGAUAAAUAAAACUUAAACAAUAUUUUAAAAGUGAGA